GUGUGUGUGUAAAAAAGGCAAAAAAAAAACAACCAAAGUGAUACAAAAUAUGUUGCCCUUGCCUUUGGAAAUGAUUCUGAACUGGAAACACAACCUCGCGUGCAUUUGCUCUCACAGAGUAAACAAGCAGGCUAACCCUCUCCGUGGUUAAAGCAUUUUAACAAACAUGUUAAAGCGUUUAAACAUAGCCUGCUUUAGCAGCCAAGUUUUACAGUUGCUGAAAUUCACAAUAUGCUCAAAAGCCGCCAGUAUCAGGUCUAACUCGUUUUGGACAACUUUUUUAUGUUAACGAGGAAAUUUCAACAACAUUAACCAGUCUAGCUAAACUACGGUUAAGUUUCAAUCCUAGGGUACAAAAUAUAACGCUGUUGUUCUUCUGGCUUUUAAUUUAGGCUUUAAAUUACGUGAUACGAAAGUUGCACAACAGCCUACAUUUAUAUUUGGUUUAUAUGCGUUUUAUUCUACUUUGUUGAAUAAAACGUUAUGUUUUUAGUUAUGCAUUUUACAUGGUAACUGUAAUUUAGACAUUAUCUAAUUAGCUUUGAGGACAGAGGAAAAGAAAAAAUCACAUAAAAACGUUUCUGUGCGUAAACACUUUUAAAGAUCAUAUUUUGAGUGGAGGAAAUUAUUUUCAAAUACUUUCUUCCACUGCUACUCUGUGUGUGAAAUAAUGAUGAUAAUAAUAAUGAUAAUAAAAAACAAAGCAAAACAACAAACAAUUAAAAUACAGUUAAAUUAGUAAUAAUAACACACCCAAACAUGCGCAAAGGAAUUGAAACAUUUAUAGAAAUACUAUAUGUGCUCAACUAAGCAAAUACCUAUUUGUUCGGCUAUAUAUACGUAAAAGACACUUAAUAUAAUUCUGUACAUCACAACAUAAAUAUCCUCGUAGGCCAUCCAUUUGCAAUUUCCCCGUACAGUUGAACCCAUUAUAACCCCGUUAAACAGCUAAGUGCUGCUUCAUUGGUUAUUUCAGUCUAGUUAAAGUUGACCAAUUGCUUUGAAAAGAUGUGGCAUUAUUAUUAUGAUUAGUUUAAUGAAUUCUGGUACAUUUCAGUUGGAGCACAAUGGUAAUACAAAAACAAAUCCAAAUUAAUAAUCAGAGAAUCCUAAUUGUGGUGGUAAUGCUACAAAAUCAGCAAAAGGCUUUUCCAAAAGACCACAGUCUUCUAUUAAGCAGGUCAAAAGCAAAAAGAAAGAAAAAGAAAAAAGACCCUGGCCAAUUACUUUUUGGGCUGCUCCACACAUUCAUCUGAACUAUUUCUUUAAAUUUACAACCGUAAAAAAAUGUUCUCAUUCCUGCUGAGGCUUUCUUUAAAAGACAACACAUCUUCUUACCCGCUUACAGCUUUUCUCGCUAAACCUGUAACAACAAGAAAGCGGUUGGAGUUUUAAAAAGAAGCAAACAAAAAGAAAAUACACAAAUUGUACCAUUUGGAUCAAAUCCAGUCGGCUUCAUCACCACAGCAUAAGCUCCCAGGCGAAAGGAAACUCGAGGCAUGGCUGAGUUAAUUUGCUUUGAAGCAUCUAAAGGUUUGUGCUGAACUAGAAAUAAAACAUCCAAAAGCCACGUAGUAAGAGCCUUUAAAAUCACUGCAGAGCUGCCGUCCUUUGUUCUUCCUGGUAUGGGCCUGCUGGUCUGACCCCCGGAUAGUCACUAGGUGGCGCUCUUGCUCUACCAAAAACCCCUUGCUCUUCCCAACUUGACCGCGCUGACGUCACGUCAGUCUGGAGCAUCAAGGCCACUUCCACGCAGCUAUUGGUCUGAAACUCACAUGACAUGUCUCCGAGCAUCCAUAAUUAUGUUACUGAUAUUUUUGCACCCCCCUCCAAAAGAUGUCAGCAUCCUACUGUCAUUUUUCUCCCGGAGAAUCCCGUAGUUUAGACCAGUGGAACACACCAAACGAUUACUGUUUUGCCAAAUGCAAAAAUGUCAUGUCCGAAUAACAUAGCUCCCGGUAACUUCCUCAUGGAUUCCUUAAUGGGAGGACCAUCUUCCUUCAGGGGUGAGGGUUAUUCCAGCAACCCCGGAAUGUACAUCCACUCAGCUGCAGAGUACGGAUAUUCAGUGAUGAGAAACAGUGGGAAGGUUGGACUGUCUUCACUCUCGAAGGGAGACGAGGGUCUUACUCCGGGCGGUGUGUCGCUCAGCGGCUUCCAGGAUGAGGCCUACCUGUCAACACAACUGGCCACAUGGACCCCAGGCUCCAAAACCUCCAGGGACGAGCAACCUGUUGCCCAGUGUUUACAACCCUGCUCUUUUCCAAUGGGCAGCGUCAAAGAGGAGGCGUUUUGUUGCCUCUACCAGGAUGACAGCAAUAAGGGGAAACAGACAACAGAGUCAGCCACUUACAUCCGGCUUGGGGACAAUAGCUGCCGGCCUCAGCAAACUGCCUCCUCUUCCAGCGGAUGUUUCCAGGUGUACAGCGGAGAGAGGCCGCCACAGGAUGGCCGGCAGUUCCCCUCCAGUUUCUCUCUGACCCACUUGGCGACAUCUGUUGAACCACCAGCAGAAUCGACAAUAAGUCGCAGCAAAGCGUCGCAAGAGACAGCGAGAGAGGUUUCCAAAACAGAGGAGAGUCAGAGCAGGAAGGAAGAGAAGGCCAAGAGUGACAGCUGCACAGAUAUCUCGGACGGGGAAUUAAAAGAUGAUUUGUCCGCGGAAAAGACAACGGGAAGCUGGUUAAAAGCCAAAAGUGGAAGGAAGAAGCGCUGUCCCUACACAAAGCAUCAGACGCUGGAGCUGGAAAAGGAGUUCUUGUUCAACAUGUAUCUGUCUCGGGAGCGCCGCCUGGAGAUCAGCCGGAGUAUCAACCUGACCGACAGACAGGUCAAGAUCUGGUUCCAAAACAGACGCAUGAAGCUCAAGAAGCUCAACAGGGAGAGCCGAGAAAGGGAACAGAGUGCAGUCUACAACUACUCCUGAGCAGAUAUUUAACAAAAAAAACAAAACAACAAAAAACCCCACACAGAUAUUCACACACACACACACACACACACACACACACACACACACACACACACACACACACACACACACACACGUCAUGCAUCACAUCCAAAUCACGCACAUAGACAGGACAGGCAAAGAUAUCAACAGACAUGCAUGUGUCUAUAAGUGAUACAUCCAAUAAUUAUUAAGUGAUCUUCUCUUUAUGUGCACAAUAAGCACACGUGCACACAUCGUGCCUUCCUAUAUGAACGAUCUAAACGCUGCAACUUGCAGACCAGACCUGAAUUUUCCAGAUAAAAAGUUGUAGCGACACUGGAACAGUAAGGUGCUAUUAGCUUGUAAUUUUAAUUGUAAUAUAACAUGAACCAAAGGAAAGGAGGAGGCGAUAUUCAUGCAGCCUAUAAAUAACUAGUGGCAUGUAAGCAGUUUCACUUGAGCUUCAAUGAAUGAAAUGCCACUUGUGCUGCUGCUUCUUCCUUGGUGCGUAAUGUGCAUGCAUGCGAUGAUAUUAAGCUAUGUCAUGGCGAACGAUUCCAAAACAAUAAAAAGAAAGAAAGGAGGGCGAAUUAGAAAAAAAGCUAUUUCCAACUUUGUCCUUCCCCUAGCAUAGUAAUGAAAAUGAGAGGGAGGGAGAGACACUGCGGAUGAGAGAAGGAGAUCAUGGCAGUUUUAAUAGAAGUGAGAGACCAUAACGUUGAUUUAAAUAUUAUCCAGGUGACCACAGUAAGUCAAGGUCAUAAAAUUCUAAUGUCAGGUUCGCCCUGGAAAGCGUUGGGGGUGGAUUUUAUGAUCUGCAAAUAUAAUGUGCUGCAGCAGUAAAGAUGCGUUUAAAGGUGUGUGUGGAGGAGGGCUAAUCCACACAGCAGAGACUGCAGUGUGCAGGACCCAGCCGAGAGGCGCUGGGCUGGCAGGAACAGGCGUCUCCAACCCCGGGGAUAGUGGAGCUUCAUGGGCGCAGGAGAUAAGGAGGAUGGUGGAUAAAGGGACAGCGACCGCGACGGCUCCAGUGACAAUAAUAACAAGCGUCACGGCAAACACGUGGAUAACAAAGCGCAUCUGGAAGGCGUCUACCGAAGGCAAGUGAAGAGCGAUCUUCGGGACAGUCACCGCCUCUACCAGCCGCUGCCUGCGUUUAUUCCCCCACCGGAGGCAAUAAAACCACUGGGACAGCAAAUGGAAGAAGAAAGCCUGCUAGAAAAGACUUUUCCCGGCAGACACCCUGUCUCCAUAAGCUGCUUAUCGCCGGAAUGUGAACACAGCCAGCAGCACAGAGGAGAUGUGCGUUGUGUUGAUAUAUCCCACUCGCCAUCGUGACCCUUCAGCUGCUUUGUUGGACCAGAGUGACGCUCGAAAUUGUGGAGAGCCUGCUGGGGGCAUUUCAACGAGCCAAAGUGAGUGAGACUGCGGAUUUAAUAAUGCUGUUCAUUGAUUGUUCCUGCGCUUUUAUUUGGGCCAUUACAAAGCUCAGAAACAUGUGCACCAAGUAACAGAUAAGGGCUUUUUCAAGCUGUAAAACUGCAGUCAGAAGAAAGGGGAAUUAGCACCACUCAAGACCACAAGGACUGGUGGCUGAUUUCUAUUUACACGUGUCGUGAAUUGCUAUCAUGCAUUUAGGACAGAUGUUCACUUAGUCAAGAGUGUGUACAGCAGACUCUCUUGUCUGCAGCAACUUCACAGUGACACAAUACUGGUCCUGCAGUUAAAUCAGCAGCUCAUUACACCCUCUGCUCUGUGACAUAAUAGUGAUGUAGUUUCACUGCUGGCUGGUUUGUGAGCUCCUGGUGAAUGCUUCUCUGCAGGGUUGUGUGUCCCUGAUCUGUGACAUCAUAUUAGUGAUAUUAUGUAAGUUUGAUCAGUUGGAUGUUUCACGCCUGCUUAGCCCGCAUCUGUGUUGCAGUUUUGUUGUGUCUAUGACAUUUUAGUCUGUGGCAUAUCAGGGUUUAUAUUCAAGUUUUGAUUUAUGCAAUGUUUUGUUUUUUAUGGUUGCUUUGUUGUGUUGUGCCUUAUGGAAGCAAAGAUUAGAGAUUAAACAAGUUUUGCUUUGUCUUUCUGUAGGAUAGAAUAGAAGCACCUUGGAUGGAUUCUCAAAAUCUUUUAUAUUGUAAAGCAUUUCACAACUUUUGUUCCAGCAGAUUUUGGCUACAUUAAAGCAGCAACCUCAGAUACAGAAUCCUUCUGUAAUUCAGUCCCAUUCUUAAUGCUAUAUACUGAGAUAUUUAUAACUGAGCCAUUUGUAUCUUUUACAUCUUUUUCGUUAUAUUUUGUAACUUUGUAAUAUACUGUAUUAUUUAAUUUAGUGUAGUUAUUUACUGUUCUUACUGUCUUGGAGCAACUGUGGCCACAUAAUUUCCUCGGGGAUUAAUAAAGUAUUCUGAUUCUAA